AAUUUCCACAAGGAAGCAGUCAUCUGCAUUAGCAAUCCGGAAGCUAUGCCGCCAAGUUAUGCCGCGUCCUCGUAUGUCCUGCUCGUAGCCACGAUGGCAUCGAUCCAUUCUGUUGCAACGGCGACUACCAAUAGCUCACUCCUCUUCACGAAUGCCACGGCGCCAGUGGUGACCCUUCCCGUGAGCGAGACGACCUCUGCCGGCUUGCCUGGCGUGGUGUACGCAGGAGUGGCCAUCGGCGUACUUGCGAUCGCAGGGUUCUUUGCCGAGUGUUGUUUACACAAGAGAAGCUAUUGGGCCAAGCGGCACGAGAUCAACGCAGGCCUCAACACCAACCUCCCAAGCAAUCGAGUCGUUUGAGCACAACAUCCAUCGUAAACACAUUAUAUUUCAUCCACCCUUGUCUAAUUCGUGGUUUUGCUGCGGCUUUCCCGGAUCUUUUCAGCCCGCGCCUUGGCCAAGUCCUUCUUGAGCGCGUAUCGUUUCGCGGCAGAGAGUCCAUGGUCUUCCAACUGCUCGGACAAUGUCGCGAUGCGGAGAUCCACAGAGGAAGCAGUUAUCGUCGUAGCAACUACUUCGUCCACCGCACUCUCCCUUUGUUGGCUAGGAAGGGGGGGGGCACCAGUAGGUGCAACUGGAGGUCGAGAAGUGAAUGAAGUAGCUCCGACUACUGGACGCGUCGAUGUCUUCACCAGCGGAACCUUCGCCUCAACCUCCAUGGGGCUCGCUGGACUGAGUUGAGUGGGCUUGUUCGAAAAAGCUUCGAUCUCAGACGGGGUCAGUUUAUUGCGCAGAAACAGCAGCACUUCGUCGAUCCCCUUGUUGAUCGUGGCCAAGCGCACCGUGCGCUGGGGGUUCCCAUUCAUCGCCAGUGUUUUCAACUUCAUGAGCCCAAACUCGCCCGGUAUCUACCCGAGAUAUAUUAUGUGUACCAAUAUGUGGUGGUGGUUGCGUCACUCUCGUACUUGAUUUAAAUUGUUGUUUUCGACCGACAGCGACGUAAGAUUUGGCGAUUGAUACAAAUUGCCGAGCGAUACCAA